AAUUGGAGGCCCAAGUAAUGUCUUAAUGACGCUAACCCAUAUAAUUCCUCUUCUGGUGACACAGUAUAAGUAAUAGUGACGGUAGCAAAUCUUGUGGAGAGCUGCAACCUAAAACCCUCGUCGGGUAUAUCUGCUUGUGGUCUCAAUGGCGAAAAAUAACUCGUUGAAAUCGACAGCAGUGGUAUUUGGAGCCAUAGCUUUUGGGUGGUUGGCGAUUGAGCUUGCUUUCAAACCGUGGCUUGAUAAAGCCCGAGCUGCCAUGGACAAGUCUGACCCUUCUCGUGACCCAGACGAUGACGAUGACGCCGCCGAUCAAACUUCAGAACCCGGAAAAUCUCAGGUCGAUGUCGAUCCUCCCGAGAAAAUUCCCUGAAUUGAGAAUUUGGGUUGUAAACCCCAAAUAUAUAUAUAUGCUUUAAUUUAACUUGGUAAUAAAAAUAUUAUGACUUGUUAAUUUCUGCUUUUCUUCAGUUUCUAGUUGUCAAAUUAUUACCCUUCCGUGAAGAAGAAUUUUAAUUGGAUUCAAGUGGUAAUGACAAGUAAAGAAUCUCACCGCAAGGGAUAAAUCUUUA